AUGGCAGAAAUGGAGAAAGAAGGGAGACCUCCAGAAAAUAAAAGAAGCAGGAAGCCGGCUCAUCCCGUGAAAAGGGAAAUCAAUGAAGAGAUGAAGAAUUUUGCAGAAAACACUAUGAAUGAGCUCCUUGGCUGGUAUGGUUAUGAUAAGGUUGAAUUAAAAGAUGGAGAAGAUAUUGAAUUCAGGAAUUACUCUACAGAUGGGGAGAGCCGACAGCACAUUUCUGUUCUGAAAGAAAAUUCUUUGCCAAAAACAAAAUUACCUGAAGACAGUAUUAUGUCACCGUACAAUUUAAACACAAACUAUCCAGGGCUUACCACAGGAAAUGGAAUCUCAGACUCACCAGCAGGAUCAAAGGAACAUGGCAAUGUACCCAUUAUUGUACCAUUAAUUCCACCACCUUUUAUAAAGCCACCAGCAGAAGAUGAUAUAUCAAAUGUACAAAUCAUGUGUGCCUGGUGCCAGAAAGUGGGAAUCAAACGCUAUUCUCUGAGUAUGGGGAGUGAAGUGAAAUGCUUCUGCAGUGAAAAAUGCUUUGCAGCUUGCCGGAGAGCAUACUUCAAAAGAAACAAGGCUAGAGAUGAAGAUGGACAUGCUGAAAAUUUUCCCCAGCAGCACUAUGCUAAGGAAACUCCAAGACUUGCCUUCAAGAAUAACUGCGAACUACUUGUGUGUGACUGGUGUAAGCACAUAAGACACACAAAAGAGUAUCUGGAUUUUGGGGACGGGGAAAGAAGGCUUCAAUUCUGCAGUGCAAAAUGUCUCAAUCAGUACAAAAUGGACAUUUUCUACAAAGAGACACAGGCCAAUCUUCCAGCUGGACUCUGCAGCACAUUACAUCCUCCAGUAGAAAAUAAAGCAGAAGGCACUGGGGUGCAGCUGCUGACUCCAGAUUCUUGGAAUAUAUCGCUAGCAGAUGCUCGGAGAAAGGCCCCAUCCCCAGUGUCUGCAGCUGGCCAAAUUCAAGGUCCUGGACCAUCCGCGUCUACCACUGCCUCUCCGUCUGAUACUGCCAACUGCUCUGUCACUAAAAUCCCAACACCAGUUCCCAAACCUAUUCCCAUCAAUGAGAAUCCAAAUAUUCCACCAGUUUCUGUUCAGCCACCUGCUAGUAUUGUGCCUCCAAUCGGUGUCCCACCUCGAAGUCCGCCUAUGGUGAUGACAAACCGUGGACCAGUUCCCUUGCCCAUAUUCAUGGAGCAGCAAAUUCUGCAGCAGAUUCGUCCACCGUUUAUUCGAGGGCCACCUCAUCAUGCCUCAAAUCCAAACAGCCCUCUGUCCAAUCCAAUGAUUCCUGGAAUUGGUCCACCACCCGGUGGUCCUAGGAAUAUGGGACCCACUUCCAGCCCAAUGCAUAGGCCAAUGUUGUCCCCUCACAUCCAUCCUCCAACAACUCCAACCAUGCCUGGAAAUCCUCCAGGCUUACUACCCCCUCCACCGCCAGGAGUUCCUUUGCCCAGCCUGCCUUUCCCUCCUGUAAGCAUGAUGCCAAAUGGUCCUAUGCCCAUGCCACAGAUGAUGAACUUUGGUUUGCCAUCUCUUGCCCCAUUAGUGCCACCACCAACCCUCUUAGUGCCAUAUCCAGUUAUUGUUCCACUUCCUGUCCCAAUCCCAAUUCCAAUCCCCAUUCCUCACAUCAAUGAUUCCAAGCCCCCAAAUGGCUUCUCGAGCAACGGGGAAAGCUUCAUUCCAAAUACACCCAACGACACAACAGGGGCUAAGCCAACGAGUAACUCUGUGUCCCCCAGGAAUUCUAAACAAGGCCCUUCCAAGUCUUCUGAUUCAUCACCAAGCUGCUCAGGCCACUCCUUAAAUCAAACCCAAGUGCAUCAGCAGCACAGUAAAAAUGAAGUUGUUGAUUUGACUGUGAGAUCGAGUAGUCCUGUGAACAACAAGUUUGGUUUUCCUACAGUGCUACAGGGACCACAGGAUGGUGUGAUAGACUUAACUGUGGGUCACAGGUCUAGACUACACAAUGUUAUCCACAGGGCUUUGUAUGCUGAAGUCAAAGUUGAACACGAAGCUAGCAGUGUUGUGAAUCUGACUUCGGGUAGCUCAGAUAAAAGGAACUGCAAUGACUGCAAGAAAAAUUGCAGCCCCACCGAAACAAAGACAUUACUGGGUGGUGAUCCACCUCAUUGCGGCUCCCUCCCAGUUGCCUCCGGCACUCCAGAAAAUACUGCAGCUGCAGCCUGCAAUGUCAUUGUGAAUGGCACAAAAGGCCCCGAGGUUUCUAAGAACUCAGAAACACCCCAAGAGCAGAAAAAGACUCAGCUUCAACCCUGUUUGCUGGAGGAGCUGCCGGUGAGUGAGCUGGAAUCCGUUAAGGAGAAUAACUGUACGUCAAACUGUCGCCGAGAAGGAGAGACUGGUAAGAAGGCGGGGGAAGAAUCUCUGUUUGGGGGAGACAAACAAGACCCCAACCUUAACAAUCCGGCCGAUGAGGAUCAUGCGUAUGCUUUGCGGAUGCUACCCAAAGCAGGCUGCGUCAUCCAGCCUGUACCCAGACCAGCGGACAAGACUGCUAUUGGACCCUGCAUUAUUUCAACGCCAAUUCUCAGCACAGGGCCAGAAGAUCUAGAGCCACCACUGAAAAGGAGGUGUCUCCGAAUUCGAAAUCAGAAUAAGUAAAGGAAUGCUGAUAUUGACAGGGUACCUUGCAUGGAGAAAGGGAGCAGAGCAAUCAGUGCUACUUUACCAGACAACCCCAGCUGGUCCAUUCACCACCAUAUCUGGUCAGAAAUCAAGAAAACAAAGCCAUUUCCCAUUAUUUCUCGCAGAGGGAAGGCUAAAACCCUAGGGUGCCUUUGGGUCAGAAGACUGUAAGCACAUCAUGGACCCCUCAAAAGUACUCUCAGCAUUCCGAUGACCACGCCCCCUUCUCCCUAGACCUUUGGUUUUUUGCCGAUGGAGGAUUUUCCUCUGAUUCUAAAGCCACAUGGACCAACGUAUGUACUUCUUUUUUCCCUCAUAGACUUCAAGGUUCAAAUAUUUGAAGUUGGACGAUGAAAUGGAUCCCCCCCCCCCAAAAAAAAAACCUGCUGUGGUUUUGCUGCUACAUGAAGAAUUGUGAUUUGCAUUGUAUGGUUUUGGACCUAUUCACGUUGUAAUGGGAGGUGGUUGAAGGGGCUAUACUGGAGUAUUGACACUUCAGAGUCAUCUCUUAUCUCCUACCCAUGAUGCACUUUUAAAUGAAGAGUUAUUAGAAUAUUUUAUUGGCUAAUAUACUUUUUCUGUGUUAUUUUUACAAAGGCCACCUUUAUCCUUUUUAAUGCCAUAUUUUCAGUGUUACACUUUUCUGGCUUUUAAUUUUUAUUUUUAUUUUUUUAAUUUUGAUUUGACAGAUGUAAGAAGCAGCAUGAAUAGUUUAUAUUGUGGUUUUUCAAGAGACUGAAUGCCAAGAGAACUCAGUAAAUGUUUAUUCCUCUCAGUUUUCUCUUUCAAUUCCCCUAAAAUAGAACCCCUUUUGGGAACAGAGCAAGAGUGUUGAACUAAAGACCAAAAAAAAAAAAAAGGAAAAAAAGGAUCCCCUCAAGGUGUAAAACUAUCUGGGGGAAAUAUUUGCUGGGUGUUAUGAAAGACUUGGAUGAAAUUUCAACCCUGAUGGUUUUGCAGUGAUCCAGGAAGCCAGUGAGACAAUCUCUCCAGAUGUAAAGCUCUUUCAUGAUAAUUAGAAAGGUAUGGCCAAGCCAAUGAAAACACGGGGGUAAAGUGAGAAGCAAGUCCCCAUGAUUUUGUUUCACUAUUUGCUUUCUCCUGUCAUGGUUAAAAGAAAUGUGCAAUCUGAUUCUCAGUUGGUGGGUGGAGGAUAACAGGGUAGGAUUUACUUGUGUGCACUUGUAUAGUUGUAGCCAAGAAUCCAAAAGUACACUAGAGCACUGAUUUGGUAAAACAAUUGGGAAGUAUCCCAUUUUGGACAAAAUACUUAAAGGGGGGGGGAAAUUGAG